AUGGUAAAUUCACGAUUAGCUACUUCAAGAUCAUCAUUAGAAAGAAAUAUUUUAAUACUACUAAGAUUGACGCAAAACGUCCAAUCGGUUCCAAAUCCAGCACUAAAUCCACUAUACGUAAACCCAGUAGGAGUUUCAGGACUUCAGAUCGCACCUACACCUCUUCCCACCAUCGCACCAACAUUAACACAAAUCCAGUAUGUCGUAGUACCUACGACAGUGACUUUUCAAGCUUCCGCGACAAUGGUAGUAGGUGCCAGUGGAGCCGGGCCUACCGCUUCACCCUCAAGUACUUCACGGCCCUCGCACCACGAUCCUAAUUCAAAUGAAUGGGAACUUCCAAAAGACUUCACCCUUGAUGAUCUUGCCGUCCAACGUUGGAGCUGGGGAAGGGAUGAUAACGUCGAAGUCUUACCUUCGUUGCCCGUGGUGUCAGCUUUGGAAAAUACUGGAAGACCAACUAUGAACGUAGGAAACGUAAUUCAAGUCAGAUAUCCAGAGGGAUCUAUCAAUCCAGCUAACCGAGAAGCCCCACAAGGAGGAAUGGGUUUCUAUGCUUCACCACUGAAUAUAUCCCACGCCACAAACGUGACAUUUUCUUAUAGCGUGUUCUUCCCUCUUGAUUUUGAUUUUGUCAAAGGUGGAAAAUUACCAGGAUUAUAUGGUGGUAAGACAGGAUGUUCAGGUGGAGCUAACUCUGACAAUUGUUUUAGUACUCGUCUAAUGUUCCGAGAGGGUGGGAUGGGAGAAUUAUAUCUUUAUGCACCUAAGAAGAAGCAAGGUCCGAAUGUUUGCAAGAUCCCACCAAAAUCAUAUUGUAAUGCAGAAUAUGGUUAUUCUAUAGGUAGAGGAGCUUGGAAAUUUGUUCCAGGUAGUUGGACAGAUGUACGUCAAGAUAUUUGGCUUAAUACUGAUGGUUUACCCAAUGGUGGUUUCAACGUUUGGGUCAAUGGGAAUCUGGUCAUCUCAGCUCAUGAUGCAUAUUACAGAAAUGACGACAAACCUGGGCCACAAUCAAAGCCUCAUGGUACACUUCAUCCUACGAUUGUCAAUGACCCAAUCCUAGCUACUCCAACUCCGGAACCUUUCCUCGACCCAGCUUCUGCGUUCGGUAUCAUGCCUUCAGUUUUUGGUGUUCUGCCUCCCGCCCCGACCGGAUUGUUUAGGGGUCUGAUUCUACGUCGAGAUGAUGGUCAAUCAAUUCCUAGAAGCGCACCUCCUCAGAUCUACGCUGAGACUGUACCACAAGUUCAAGAUGUGUACAACAGCACAACUUAUGUCACACCUCUCACCGCCUCGAAUGACACAUCAGACUCAUCAGGACCUACUAGUCGUUAUCUAGGCGAUUUUCCUGGAUUAGGUUAUGCACCAGGUUACGCCACUUUAUCAAGCGAGACACUUCAACAAACCCCCCAAUCAGGAAGCAAUUACUUGCUCACUUCGGCUCUUUCACCUACUUUAGCAUUAAGUUCAGUGAUUCCAACUGGUAUACCACAAAUCGGAAUCAAUCAACCUGUCUCAUCAGAUUUACUUACUAGUCUUUUAAACCUAAAGUUGCGAAAAGUCUUGAACCCUACCAACACUUUACCAGCCAAGUUUAUUGGAAUCAUGGGUGAUACUUUCUUUGGUGGACAUGAUCCAUCUUGGGCAUCACCUAAAGAACAAUAUACUUACUUUAACUCAUUUAAACUUGUCAUCAACUCUUUUGAGACAAGGUAA